GACGUCAGUAGUGAAUGACAGCUUUCACGGUGGAAGAAAGAUCCAACAGUGGAAGGAAGCUAUGACAAGCAACGAUUAGGAUUAAGUCUACCUGAAAAUCUGUCUCCAUCCUCAUAUUGUUGGGCAAUAAUGACCCCCAAAAUACGGAGAACGUAAACUGCGCGUUUCACAUUACCAGGCGAUAUCGAUAUUAUAGGUGUUCGUUAGUCAGAAAGAUAAAUACGGGAUGGUGAAAUUUGUAUUGUUACAGAAGGAACUUGGAUUCUGGGGGACAAGCGACUGUGAAUGAAAGGGGUUGUAAUCCAGUGACGGAAGGUGGAAUAUUUGCCGAGGUAACGUAAACAAAAGGUUACAAACUGAACAUUUAGGAUUAAGUAACGUCAAUUACCAAGGUAACAAACGUAGCUAACAGCGACAUGGAGCUGAGAGUGGGGAACCGAUACAGACUGGGCAGAAAAAUCGGAAGUGGAUCUUUCGGGGACAUCUAUUUAGGAGAGGUUGGCCUACCAAGAUUACUCCAAGAGUGCAUCAGCGACUCACCCAGGAGGCCACAACAGAACCCAGAACAACAUCUAAAGACCUGCAGUCCUCACCUGCCUCAGUUAAGGCACAGAUAUUUCAGUGGGUGAGGAAGUUGCGAUUAAAUUGGAAUGUGUGAAGACCAAACACCCCCAACUCCACAUCGAGAGCAAGAUCUACAAGAUGAUGCAAGGAGGAGUGGGCAUUCCAACAAUAAAGUGGUGUGGAGCAGAAGGUGAUUACAAUGUAAUGGUGAUGGAGCUGCUGGGGCCCAGCUUGGAGGAUCUCUUCAACUUUUGCUCACGCAAGUUCAGCCUCAAGACCGUCCUGCUGCUUGCUGAUCAGAUGAUCAGUCGCAUUGAGUACAUUCACUCAAAGAACUUCAUCCACAGAGAUGUGAAGCCUGAUAACUUCUUGAUGGGACUGGGCAAAAAGGGCAACCUGGUCUACAUUAUUGACUUUGGCCUGGCAAAAAAAUAUCGAGAUGCUCGCACACACCAGCACAUCCCCUACCGAGAGAACAAGAACCUGACUGGCACUGCACGCUAUGCCUCAAUCAACACACAUCUGGGAAUUGAGCAGUCAAGGCGUGAUGACCUGGAGUCCUUGGGCUACGUUCUUAUGUAUUUUAAUCUGGGUUCGCUGCCUUGGCAAGGUCUUAAGGCUGCUACCAAGAGGCAGAAAUAUGAACGGAUCAGUGAGAAGAAAAUGUCCACCCCAAUUGAGGUCCUUUGCAAGGGAUACCCUUCUGAGUUUGCAACCUACCUAAAUUUUUGUCGCUCCCUACGCUUCGAUGAUAAACCGGACUACUCAUACCUACGGCAGCUUUUCAGGAACCUGUUCCAUAGACAAGGCUUCUCAUAUGACUAUGUAUUUGACUGGAACAUGCUCAAGUUUGGAGCCAACCGUGCAGCAGAGGAGGCAGAGAGAGAGCGCCGGGACCGGGAGGACAGGCUGAGGCAUGGCAGGAACCCAGGGGCCAGAGGAAUACCUGCUGCAUCAGGACGACCACGAGGAACCCAGGACGGUGUACCACCUACCCCACUAACACCCACCUCACACACAGCAAACACGUCCCCUCGACAAGUGUCUGGCAUGGAGCGUGAGAGAAAGGUCAGCAUGCGAUUGCACCGUGGUGCUCCUGUCAAUGUAUCAUCCUCAGAUCUAACAGGACGGCAGGACACCUCUCAUAUGUCCACCUCACAGAUGGUGUCUGGUGUACCGCCUACUGGUCUCCAUCUUCUAGCUCCUCGAUAAAUGCAACCUGGUGGACCAAGCCCUGAAGCAAUCUGACAUACUAUUAAUUACCACUACUACUACUAUAGUUACCAUUGGAAGCCAGCAUCUGACUGAGCACGAACUGCUUUCUAAAUGACAGCCCACAGUACUGUUGCCUCCUUCAAAAACUCUUCCUCACGCUAAGACACACAGACACACACACACGCACACACACACACACACACACAGAAAAACUGUCUUUUUCCAUUUCUAUGUGUUGUUCUAAUGUCCCAAAACAUUAAAAGUUGUUGGACAUCAGGACUGUGCUGUCUAAUUUUCAGGAGACAUACAGUCACCCCUUCACUGAUCCUGAAUAGGCAGUGCUUCGUGUCUUUUCUCGGACACUGACAAAUGAAACAAGAGUUAAUGCCACUGGCCUGACCCUGCAUUUCCACUAUCACUGUCUGCCUGUUCAUACAUGAUCAAUAAAACCGCUUCUCUCCCUCUUUUGCAGUAAGGUGCUGAACCAGUAGCUCUUCAUUGUAUAUAUGUAUGGGUAUGAUGGGGUGUGAUGCUUUCAUUGGUAUUUACAGUUUUCAUUCUCUCUUCCCACCAGGUGCUUUUCAUUUUUAAUCACCACCUCUGGUAGCUCAAUAAAAAGAGAGUACUUCUUUGCAUAUUUUAGAGAGUCUUGAGAGAGGCGCUGAGGCUCAUGUGCUAGUUGAAUCUAUGAACGUACCAAACAUAUGCUUUGGUAUUUUGGGUGCAGGAGGUUGUGUGUUCAUUAGUAGUAGUUCUGUCUGUUCACUUCCAGGCUCUGGUGUGACGUGUCCAUUCACUGUGUACAGAUAAACAUUCUCAUUUUUCUUCUAUUAUUUUGAAGCUGUGAAUUGUAAAAUUGAUGUGUAAAUGUUUUCUCAUGUUUUGUUUUCAGUGACUUGUAGGUAUUGGUCUGCACAUAACUUCUAAGCUUGGUUGAGGAACCUAGCUGCUCCAAGUUUGCAGUCUCCUAUUAGUGUGCCCCUCCAGAGUUAUGUAGUUGUCACAGAAAGCAGUGAUGUGGGCACAACUGAGAGAAAUUUUGUAUGAUCUGCUUUCCUGUCAAAGCUGCUACUCGGUGUAAGAUGUUCAGUGAUCCUGCACCAAAGUUGCAAACUUGCAAAUAUUGUCAUGGGCAUGGAAAAUGCAUUCUUUAUGAAUACCAAGCUAGCCAUAAACUCUUAUUAAAUGGAUUCUGUGUUAAAAGGAAUGCAGACCAUCUUUCCGUGGGCUUCUCCAGUAGCAUUGUUCAAGGGACUUUAUACUGAACCCAACUCCUCUGACAUUUCUUUAAUGAAUAACUUGAAUAUGCCAGCUGUCAUUCAUUCUUGCUGCUUUUCAAUCUCUAAAUAGUCUUUAAUUUUGACUGUGACCUCUUUGGUCAGCUGCUCUACCCUAUUGAAUUAUGUAUACAACCAAAUCAAGAUUGACUUUCUCACGUUUAUAUUUGCCUCUGUAUUUGUGUAUUUAAACUGUAAAUAAAUGAAUUACUUGUA